AUGCCGAGCAGCGCCAGCAGAUGGGGCCGGAGCGCUGCAGAGCGAGGCACUCCCGGCGCUGAGCGAGCCUCGGCGCAGGGCGAUGCCGCUGAGGUUGAGCCCCCGCUGAACUCCUGCUGUCCGCUGCACUUUCCAGAGGAGGAGGCCCCGCCGCAGGAGGAGCCGGGAGGCAGAGAAGAGGCGCCUCAGGUUGUGGAUUUGGAGCAGCUGGUGCCCGUGGGGGGCGUGUUCCACAUCUCUGCCCUGCAGCUGCCACCCCAGGCCCAGGACGCCGGGGACUGGACCAUGGUGGAGCUGCUGGAUGUUGGAUUGGAGGUGUAUCCAUAUUCCCCAGGAAAGGCUGAAGAUGGCACACAGGAAGCAGUACAGAUAACCCUGAGGCUCCCUGAUAAUGUGAUUUAUUUUAAAAUGCCUGUGGUAGCCCGAUGGGAUCCUGCAGGCCAAUGGUGGAGAACUGAUGGCAUCAGCAAGAUAACCUAUGAAGCAGAAGAAAAGAGCAUCACCUUUAGCAUGGGUGACUUUUAUACAGUAGCCCUUCUCCAGGAUGCUCACCUGAACCUGCCCUAUCAGGCCUGGGAAUUGCACCCUACUGGUGUGGAUGAAGGACUCUUCACAGUUACUGCAGUCUUUGCAACUAUUCAGAUACAAAUUAAGGAUAAUCAGUGUAUGUUGUCUUCAGUAGUGGUGGAAGAGGAGGAGGUGCUUUCCCACAUCACAGGGAAAUGGAUGAGUCCUCUUGCCCUCAGAGCAGCUUUGAAAAGAGCUGGAGUGAACAUUUUCCCAGCAGAGUACUCUCCCAAGUAUGUCCCUGUGCCCAGGAAGGCUGCCCUGGCAGAAGGGAAGGCCUAUGGACAGAUGGCUCUGCUCUCAGCUGCUUUUGCUUUUGCUCACAGCAAGUGGAAUGGAGAAGCAGGGCCAGAGCAAGUUGUGUUCAAGGUGAGUGAACAUCUCACGGCAGGUUCUGCCAAAGGCAACCACUGGUCUCUGCUGAUGUUCAAUGGUGAGAAAGUGCAACACCUCAAGCUCACUGAAACCAGUGAAGCUUUUUCAGAAGAGCUGGAAGAAGAGUCUGAAUUUCACUCCACACUCUACCAUAUGGUCAAGGAUUCUGCCAGCAAUGAAGCCAUGGAUAAAGUGGAAAGAGCUGGCUGCCUGUUCAUUGAUUCUGUGUAUCAGCUGCUCCUCGCUACCAGAGUCUUAGCAUACUCUUAGAUACUACUGCAUGCUUUCCUUCAAAACUUUAUUAUCAAAAGCUUUCAAUAAAGUUACAUUUCAAGUCUUAAA